AAAGAAAGGUCAUUUUGUAUCACAAGAAAUGACACUUGACAUGAAUAUGACACAAGAUUUGCUACAAGACGGAAUUGCAGAAGAAGAAAUGUCACAAAUUGAAACUAUGAAAGAAGUAACUAUAACACAAGAAAAGGACAAUGAA